GGUUAAUUGUGAAAUUCUUCAUAAGGAGUACCAGGUCUGAAAGUACUGGUUGCUGCCGCCUGCAAAUAUUCAACCAAUGUACAGGGAGUCGACAUGGGCAACGCUAGAACUCUGUAACAUUCCACAUGGCUUACCACUGGCAAUGUCUAUAUGGUACACAUAAACUGAAUAAGACUGCACAUUUUUCACAAUCAUAAAAUGCCAUUGCCAUCCACCACUCGUCGCAAUCUCACAGCAUUAUGUAGAGAGGACCAGUUGAAGGAGACGCUGCCCAUUUUGCUUACUGUACACAAACUCCAUGAAACUCCUCAUCUUCAAUUAUUGCAGACCUGCAUUCUCAAAAACACGCUUUUACAAGGGAAUAAACACCACUCAUUCAUAGCUCACAGGAGAUUUGCAUUUGCUACACGCACAGCUUUUCAUAAUAAGCUCAUUUGCCUGUAUGUCAAGUGCGGAAGUUUGGUUGAUGCUCGUAAUGUGUUUAACCACAUGAAGGAACGAGACAAUCUCUCAUGGAAUACGAUUAUUGCAGGGUACAGAAGAGAUGGGUUUCCUCAUGAGGCAGUCACACUGUUUCACCAAAUGCAACGAACAGGUUUCCAGCCCGAUCAGUUCACAUUUGCCAGCGUACUCCCAGCCUGUGCCAAAUUGGGAGCUUUGGAACAGGGCAUGGAUAUCCAUCAAAGCAUAAAGGAAAGAGGAAUUUUGUCAGAUGUUGUAGUUGUAAGUGCCCUGGUUGAUAUGUAUGCAAAAUGUGGAAGCUUAGACAAGGCGCGUGAAUUGUUUGACAAAAUGAUUCAAAGAGACGUGGUUUCAUGGAAUGCCAUGAUUGCAGGAUAUGCACAGAAUGGAUUUGUUGAGCAGGCAUUAGAAACUUUCAAGAAAAUGAAGUUGGCAGGUGUAAAGCCAGACUCCACAACCUUUGCCAGCAUCCUCCCUGCCUGUGCCAAAAUGAGAGCUUUGGAACAGGGUAUGGACAUCCAUGAAAUCAUAAAAGAGAGACGAAUUUUAUCAAAUGUUGUAGUUGCAACUGCCCUGGUAGACAUGUAUGCAAAAUGCGGAAGCAUAGAGAAAGCACGUGAAGUGUUUGACAAUAUGUCUCAAAGAAAUGUGGUCACGUGGACUGCAAUGGUUGCAGGAUAUGCACAGAAUGGUUGUGUUGAGAAGGCUUUAGAAACUUUCAAACAAAUGCACUUGGCGAGUGUAAAGCCAAAUUCCACAACCUUUGCUAGCAUUCUCCCUGCCUGUGCCAAAAUAGGAGAUUUAGAACUGGGUAUGUACAUCCAUGAAAGCAUAAAGGAUAGAAGUAUUUUGUCAGAUGUUGUAGUUGCAACUGCCCUGGUAGACAUGUACGCAAAAUGUGGAAGAAUAGUCAAGGCACGUGAAAUGUUUGACAGAAUGCCUGAAAGAAAUGUAGUUUCAUGGAAUGCCUUAAUUUCAGGAUAUGCACAAAAUGGAUUUGUUGAAAAGGCUUUAGAAACUUUCAAGCAAAUGGAAUUGGUAGGUGUAAAGCCAAAUUCUACAACCUUUGCCAGCAUCCUGCCUGCGUGUGCCAACAUGGGAGCUUUGGAGCAGGGUAUGGAUAUCCAUCAAAGCAUAAUGAAUAGAGGAAUUUUGUUAGAUGUUGUACUUGCGACUGCCUUGGUAGACAUGUAUGCAAAAUGUGGAAGCAUAGACAAGGCACUUGAACUGUUUGACAAAAUGCCUGAAAGAAAUGAGGUCUCAUGGAAUGCCAUGAUUGCAGGAUAUGCACAAAAUGGAUUUGUUGAAAAGGCUAUAGAAACUUUCAAGCAAAUGCAAUUAGCAGGUGUAAAGCCAAAUUCCACAACCUUUGCUAGCAUACUCCCUGCAUGUGCCAAAAUGGGAGCUUUGGAACAGGGUAUGGACAUCCAUCAAAGCAUAAUGGAAGGGGGAUAUUUGUCAGAUAUUAUAGUUGGAAAUGCUUUGGUAGACAUGUAUGCAAAGUGUGGAAGCAUAGACAAGGCACGUGAAUUGUUUAACAGUAUGCCCCAAAGAAAUGUAGUUUCAUGGACUGCGAUGAUUGCAGGAUAUGCACAAAAUGGAUUUGUUGAAAAGGCUUUAAAAACUUUCCAGCAAAUGCAAUUGGCAGGUGUAAAGCCAGACUCUACAACCUUUGUCAGCAUCCUGCCUGCCUGUGCUAAAAUGGGUGCUUUGGAACAGGGUAUGGACAUCCAUCAAAGCAUAAUGGAAGGGGGAUUUUUGUCAGAUAUUAUAGUUGGAAAUGCUUUGGUAGACAUGUAUGCAAAAUGUGGAAGCAUAGACAAGGCACGUGAACUGUUUGACAGAAUGCCUCAAAGAGAUGUCAUCCUAUGGAAUUCAAUGAUUGCAGGACAUGCACAAAAUGGAUUUUGCAAGGAUGCUCUCAAUAUCUUUGAAUUAAUGAAGCACUCUGGAAUAUAUCCUGACAUUGUAAGCUUUGCUUGUGUUCUAUGUGCAUGCAGUCAUGCAGGUUUGGUGGAUGAGGGCUGUACAUAUUUCAAUCACAUGAGUAACCUUUAUUGCAUUACACCUACAGUUGAUCAUUAUGUGUGCAUGGUUGAUCUUCUUGCUCGUGCUGGCUAUCUUGAGGACACCCUAAACUUCAUCAUUAAGAUGCCAGCUAAACCUGUGGCGGUUGUAUGGAUGUGUUUUCUUGGUGCCUGUAGAUCACACAUGAAUAUAGGCUUAGGAGUAUAUACAGCAAUGUUGCUUUUUGAUUUGGAUCCUAAAAAUGCUGCAACUUAUGUUCUUCUCUCGAACAUCUAUGCAGAAGUUGGCAGGUGGGGUGAGGCUCAAAUGGUAAGGAGAUUGAUGAAAGAUAGAGGAAUUAAUAAGAUCCCUGGAUGUAGUUGGAUUGAAGCCAAUAAAAUGGUACAUGCUUUUUGUGUAGGAGACAGAUCACAUCCACAGACAAAAGAGAUCUAUGCAAAGUUGGAGAAAUUGUCCUGGGAGAUGAAGGCAGCAGGGUAUUUUCCAGAUUCAUCACAUUUACCUAAUGAUGUGGAAGAGGAGGAAAAAGAAUUAUUUCUCUGCUACCAUAGUGAAAAGUUGGCAAUUGCAUUUGGUUUGUUAAACAUGCCUCCUGGAACAACCAUUAGAGUUGUGAAGAACCUUCGAGUAUGCAUUGAUUGCCACACUGCAACGAAAUUUAUCUCCAAGAUUGUUGGAAGUGAAAUUGUUGUGAGAGAUGUGAACCGUUUUCAUCAUUUUAAAGAGGGACAAUGUUCUUGCGGAGAUUAUUGGUGAUGAUAAAUGAAGCAAUCUGAAAAAUUGGCUUGCACUACAAUAAUGUGCAGCGUGUCAGACCUGCAGAUGCACUAGUAAUGAAGGGACAAGGUUUUAUUUUCAGUUUUUAGAUUUUUUUGGGGUGGGGGAGUCUCUUCUUGUUUUGUUUUGAGCAAUCUAGGUGAUGCUGUUGGCUUUGUAAAACUAGAUAAAUAGAAUGCUGAUCACUGUUUAUAUACAUUGUUGGAGUGUAUCUAUCAAGACUUGUUUUAUGAUCAAAUGGACGUUUCAUUGAUUUGUUUUCAGGAAACUUGCAUAUUUAUGAAAUGAAAAGCUGGAGAAAGAGGUGGAAAAUGAAGCAAAAAGAAAGGUGAGGAACACUUCAAGUAAAUGGAAUGAUGCUUGACUAGAAGGAAAUGGGAGAGAGUUCACAAUCCACCUUUGUCAUUUUGUAAAGUUAUUUCUUUGGAUUAAUUGUACCAUCUUUUGCCUAUGUCAGGUCCAUCAUUUGAGAUUAAAUUACACAUUCCUGAUCAGGUAUGUUAUUUUAUAUAAGUGUCAUGUAAAUUUUAUAUUAUAUAUGGUUAGAUAUUUCUAAUGUUGCUACCAAUGCUUUUGCUUGGUAAG